GCGACAACAUCAUAGAGGAAGGCGUGGUGGUGGCGUCUAUCAGCGCCUUUGUGGGUAUCGUGGUGGGUGUGGUGGUGCUGAUAGCCGUAGUGGCCUGCACUAUCCUCUACUGCUGCUUAAAGCGGACCAGAUCCGGGCCUGCUGGUGUUGCUGCUGCUGGUGGUGCUGGUCGAGGUGGUGGUGGGGCGGGGGGCGAGGGUUCCAACAAGGAUGUGGAGUCAGCCCGCCAGCACGACAGCUUAGUGGAGCCCACAG